CGCCGCCGCGCCUCAGCCCGGGCGGCAACGGCGCUGAGGAGAGCCAAGAUGGCGGCUGCGCGGCGGCUCGGCGCGGCUGCGGGGCUGGGCUCCCGGUUCUGUCGUAUGAUGGUAAAAGAUCAUAAUUUGACACCUCAACAGUGUUUCCACCAACUCGUGCAAAAGAAACCAUUUCUUCCACCUGCAGUGUGGCAUAAUGCAGUAAGAGGGAUGUUUAUUCAAACUCAGGACACACCAAAUCCAAACAGUUUGAAGUUUAUUCCUGGGAAGGAAGUGCUGGAGUCGAGGACUAUGGAGUUUUCCACGCCAGCUGCAGCAUUUUGCUCACCUUUAGCAAGGCAGUUAUUCAAAAUUGAAGGAGUGAAAAGUGUUUUCUUCGGGCCAGACUUCAUCACCAUCACCAAGGAGAGUGAAGACCUGGAUUGGAACUUACUCAAACCAGAUAUUUAUGCAACUAUAAUGGAUUUCUUUGCCUCUGGCUUACCUGUAGUCACUGAUGAAGCACCUAGGACAGAUACAGGUGCAUCAGAAGAUGAUGAUGAAGUUGUACUGAUGAUUAAAGAACUGCUGGAUACAAGAAUAAGGCCGACAGUGCAAGAAGAUGGUGGUGAUGUUAUUUAUAAAGGCUUUGAGGAUGGGAUUGUGCAGCUGAAGUUGCAGGGUUCAUGUACCAGCUGUCCCAGUUCCAUCAUCACCCUCAAGAACGGGAUACAGAACAUGCUCCAGUUCUACAUCCCUGAAGUAGAAGGCGUGGAACAGGUUGUUGACGACGAUGAUGACGUGGAGAAAGAAGCAAAUUCUACUUGAGCUGGCAUCCUCUGUGGCCUAAUAAGUAGUUACCUCUUGGUGUACGUAAACUAGCCUUGUGCUGAGGAACAACCAAAUUUGCCUUUUGUUUCACUCUUACAUCUGUGAAAAUGGAUCAGCAGUUUAAGCAGUUUGUCUACUAAGUUAUUAAAUGCCCUGCAUUCAAAAAAGAAACCUUUUGCUCUACUUUGUACUAUAUCUUAAGCAAGAAAUGGUGGGCUUUUAAAAUGAUGUGUCUCUUCUAUGUUCUUUCAUAUAAAAAUCAAGACUGAAAGAGGCCCAAGUAAAGCUUCUUGCCUGUUUUUUUUGGUGCAAUAGAAAUAUUAUAUGUUUAUUCCCCCAAACCUCGUCAUGGGGCUCUGCCCUUGCUCUGUAACUGGGGAAUUCAGGAAUGUUCAUUUUAACCAGUCGUGUUAAAAAGCUUUUCAUAGGAUUUUUGUGUGUGUGAAAAAUUAACCCAUAACCUCAACCGUUUGUUCUAGAGGAUGUCAUGUUGCCAUCACUUGUGGAAAGUUACCUACUCACUCACUACCACUGUGCAAAUAGCAACAGGCAGAAAAAAUGUGAGUGUUUUGUUAGAAAAAUUGCAUCUUUUAAAAUAAAUGUUAGAUGAUCAUGAUCCUUAUCAGGUUUAAUAAGUGGAGAGACUAAUUAGCUUAUUUAGCAGUAAAAUUGUUCAGCCCCCAUUAGUGGUCUGUUUAAACUUGCAAAAGAAGGUUUCUUAACAUAAUACUCCAACAUCAAGAUGAAUGUGUGGUGCUUAAGGGCACCAAUUACAUUUGUAGGCCAGCAAAGAAAACGAAUGUGUUUACCUAGGCCAUAUCCUGUUUGCUCCUCCUGCAGUGCCAGAGAGUGCAGCAUGUGUGUAACUUGGCUGCCCUGGCUGAGCAAGCGAGGACGUGGCACAGCAAAACACGUUCUGCUCUUAGAGACUAUGGGAAGAGAAGUAUUUAUUGUUCUGCAAUGGAAAUACAUAAAUCGACCUUUGCAAAUACCUCUGUUUACUUGUGUGUGUAGGACUUAAUUUCUUCCUGGUGCCUGACUUUACCAGAUGGCUUUGCUAUGGAGGUACUACUUCUCUAUGCUGCCACAGUCGAGUUUGCAGUUGUUAUGUGGCUUCUGGUUACAGUCAUAUUCCCUGUGUGCAAGCUUCCAGGAUGUCCCCUCUUUCACUCCUUGCCAGUCUAAUUCCACUGAGUCCCUAAUCAGGAUCAGUUUGUCAGUGGAGAAACUUUUCUGUAGUGUGCAGAUCAGCUUUUGCUAGCCAUAAACUUCAUAGAAUCACGGAAUGGUUUGGGUUGGAAAGAACCAUAAGAUCAUCCAGCUCCAACCCCCUGCCACGGGCAGGGACACCUUCCACUAGAACAGGUUGCUCCAAGCCCCUGUGUCCAACCUGGCCUUGAACACUGCCAGGGAUGGGGCAGCCACAGCUUCUCUGGGCAGCCUGUGCCAGCGCCUCAGCACCCUCACAGGGAACAACUUCUUCCUUAGAUCUAACCAUAAACUUCAUAUUACUUGUUCAAAACUUGAAAAUAAAGACUUCAUCAAAAUAUUUCUCCAGCUUUCAUGGGGAGUGAUAACCUACUGUCAUUGACAUUACCCACUCAUGAUUUGACAAGUGGUUGGAAAUCACCAUGUUUUCUUUACCCUGUUACGAAGUAACACAGGGCCUGAUCCUGCAAGUGUAUUGAUGGCAAAAUUCCCCUCGAGGCAGGCUCAGGCUACCCAAAAGAGAGCUCGUGCAAACGUUAUUGCCACGUUCUUCUUUGUCAGCAAACCACAGAACAGCGAGUAUGUUUCUGGUUGCUCAAAAAGUAGAGCUUUUGAGGCCUAAUUUGUUGAUUUAAUGCACUAUCUCAGCCAAAACUUAAACAGCAAAGUAGCUGGUUUGUGUGUUAAAUAAAACCUAUCUCUUAAA